UGAAGGCUGGUUUCCUGAAUGUGUCAUGAUCCAUUUUACUUGCAACCAGAAACCGUGUGUUACGCUGCUGGGCUUUAUAAAGUGACUUUAAGUUGAGUGGAUUCUCCAACGGGGACAAGAUGACAUUACAAUUUAAAGAUGCCUUUUGGGGAGAUGACUUCAUCAGUAAUAUUGGGUACGAGAAUAUCAGUCAGAGACUUAAUGAUGGUCGACGGACGUGCAAAGAGAUGGAGGAGCUCUUGAAAAUGAGGGCAUCAGCAGAGGAGAAAUAUGGCAAGGAACUGGUCACAAUCGCCCGCAAGGCUGGUGGUUUAUAUGAGAUCUGCACUUUGAGAACAUCUUUUGAUGAAAUGAAAACACAAAUUGAAAAUGUAGGAAACAUGCACAUUCAGCUUGCUGGUUUCCUAAAAGAGGAGGUGAAGAGAAUGGAGCAGUUCAGAGAGCGACAGAAAGAACAGCGGAAAAAGUUUGACGUCAUCAUGGAUAAGGUCCACAAGACAAAAGUCUCCCUCUACAAGAAAACAAUAGAUUCUAAAAGAUCCUAUGAGCAGCGCUGCAGGGAGGCGGAUGAGGCAGAACUAACCGCAGAGAAGGUUGCUAACACUCCCACAGCCACUCCCAAACAGAUUGAGAAGAUGAACAACAAAUCUAAACAGUGCAGAGAAGCUGCAGAAGAGGCUGAGAAGCAGUACAUGUCAAACAUUGAACAGCUUGACAAGACUCGCCAAGAAUGGGAAUCAACACACAUCACCACAUGUGAGAUGUUUCAGCAACAGGAAGAAGACCGCAUCAGCGUACUAAGGAAUGCUUUGUGGGUGCACUGUAACCAUUUAUCAAUGCAGAGUGUGAAAGACGACGAGUGUUACGAGGAUGUGAGGAAAACACUGGAAAAUUGUGACAUUAUCGCAGACAACAACUGCUUUGUGCAGAUGAAAAGAACUGGCUCUACCCCCCCAGCUCCAAUUGAAUACCAAAAUUACUAUGAGAGGGAUACUACCGCUGAGAGUAACGGCAGUGCUGGAUUUGUAGGAGGGGUCAUGAAAAGGUUUUCAAAUCUUCUGCAGGUGAACUGUUCCAGUGGCUCCAAACUCAGCAUCAAUGAACCAGUUGCCCAACCUCCUGCACAAACAUCAGACGGAGUAUAUGCUUCCAUUCCUGGAUUUCAGGGGUCCCAGCUGAGCACUGACCAGUAUAAGGCUAUGUAUGACUAUGAGGCACAGGGAGCAGAUGAGCUCUCUGUAUGUUUUGGGGACGUCGUGGUUGUCAUCGAUCAAGGUGAGGAUGGCUGGUGGACGGUACAAAGAAAUGGCCUCACUGGGCUGGUUCCAGGAACUUACCUUGCCAAAGAAUGAGUUUACCAGACUGCCAAAUGUAAGACUAUAUGACUACUACAUUUACUCAUGUAACAUUUUGUAAAGGCCUUAUCAUUUAAAUUUACCCAAUAGUUUGAAUCCUGUUGUUCAUGUUACAUGUAUCAUUAAAGCCCCUAUGAGUAGGAUUUGAAUGUAUGUAAAACUUUGGCACACCCUGUGGUAGAAUCAUGAAAGACACUGUGACAGAGAGGUCACCCCUGUAUGUGAACCCUAAGUGAGUUCAGGGGUUUUCACAUGGAUUUCUACAAAAACUGAUGCCAUUAUAAUCAGAAUAUCACAUUAUAAUCCCACAGAUAUCAGCUUCCACGCACAGUAGCAUGAGACAGUGUUUAAUGGUGAAUGUUGUACUGCUAUGGCAGAUAUUCAUAUUACUUUGCCCUUACAGCUGGUGUGUUGAGUCCUCCUCCUACCAAUGACAGCAGGGAGAAUUAGUGAUCUGUUGCACAAGGUCACUGCUGCACUAACUUUUUUCAUAUGCUGUGUUAUUCUUGUAUAGCCCUAAAUGUUGGCCAGAAUAUUUGUUUGUGUUGUAGGCGUGUAUAUAAUUUCUAUGUAGUUAUUGUUUUGUGCUAAGAAUAAUUAUUUAUCAAAAACAAAUGCUGUUUUUUUUUUUUUUUUUACGUACAUUACUUUUACAAACUAUUUAGCAUGUGACAAAACCACAUUGCUCUAUUUUUUUUUCUAUUUAUUGUUGUGAAGGCUAUUCUUAUUAAUGUGGAUUACAAGAACAAUCCAAACAAAGUAGCUGAAAUGCAACCGAGCGCUACUCUUGGGUCAUGUGUCUCAGCCGUUGGCAGCAGGUGAUGCAAUGCUAAUUCAAUAUCUAUCAAGUAACCAAAGCUGAGUCAUUGUGCCACCAUUUUUAGUGUGUGAGAAGCAAUUUCAUCUCUUGGUAAACAUAUGAGAGAAAUUAAAUUAAAAUCAGAAUACGCACUCAUUUAAUUUCAAACUUUUCCCACAUUUUAUUUACAAUCUUGAUUCUUGCCAUUGCUACAUAUCAGCAAAUCAAAUUCUAAAACUACCAUCAGUAGACUGUUGAGACACAAAGAAACCAAACAGCUAUAGGACAAAGUCUAUCUAGAGUUAUGAAUGCAUUACUACUUGAAAAAUCCCACAUACCGGAGGGGAUCACAAGGUUUCAUUCUUAAAGGAAAGAUCAGAUAAGCAAAAGCCAGUUAACUUACAUAGUUAGGGCUGUGGUGUCCUCUAUUUCUUGACAGAAUACUGCUGGUGAAAAGUGAGGUUUUAACCAAAACUGAGCUGGAAUAGUAGUAGUAGAAGUAGAAUAGUAGUAGCGGUAGUAAUUGUAGUAGCAGUAGUACUGGAGGUACAGGGUAAAAUUAUACAAUCUUUCAUUCAAGUACAAGACAGAUUUAAAUAUAAAAUAUUGAAAGCAAUACACAUAGUGCAAACUAACAUGAGGAGAUGACCCUGUCCACGUUUUAUUCCAUACAUGACUAACAAGGUUUGAGUUUGGUCACCCUAACCCUCACAGCAACAGAAUACUUUCUACAUCUCAUUUACAAUGACCAUUACAGAAUUUGGUCAAUAGCUUUUUUUGGAAAAGAAAACAGGUAAAAUAUAUAACUUUAGUGUGGUUAGUGUUUUAAGGUUAGUGUGGUAAUAGAUUAUUUUCAUGCUCUCACCAACGACACAAGUAAAUUCUUAGAAUGUAUUAUGGUGAGAAAUGUGUUCUUCUUUAUGCACACGUGCCCCCUGUAAUGAGAAGCUCGUAGGCAGGAUCUCUGCCUCUGCGGCACAGCACGACACAUGCACACAACAUCCCCAGCAUCUAAAAGGAAAGAGACAGACACCAUAUUAGUGUUUUUACUUCUUAAAUGUUGUUCAUAGUUACAACCAGUCAGACAUUUGGCCUUGCAGUAUGGAAUUCCACUGUAGUUGUGUAACUCGUGCUGCUUUGUUUGGACUUAUUGCUACAAUUAUAAAACCAAUAGGAGACAGAAAACAAACAGACCAAAAUAAUUAAAGGUAUAUGGAAGCAUUUUGGGAAACACACUCAUUUGCCUUCUCGCUGAGACUAGAUGAGAAGAUCAAUGCCACUCUCCGGUCUGUAUAGUGAAAAUGUAUCUAAAAACUGUUAGCUUGGCUCAAAGACUGGAGACAGGGGGAAACAGAUCUGUGCACAGAUAAAAAAAAUCUAUCUAGCAGUACCUCUUAAGCUCUAAAGCUUAACAUUUAACACAUUAUAUCUUUUCUUGACAGGAUGUGGUGACUUUCUUCAUUUACCAUCAGGUUGCCUGGCAACUAGGGUAAAUUAAUGAGCUUUAAAAUAGUACAACUAUAUAUGUAGAGUGGACAGAUACAAAUGUAGCAUGUGACAAAACCACAUUGCUCUAAUUUUUCUUGUUAUGAUCCAUUUAUUGUUGUGAAGGCUGUUCUUAUUAACAUGGAUUACAAGGAGACCAGAACAAUCCAAACAAGGCAGCUGAAAUGCAACCGAGCGCUAUUCAUGGGUCGUGUGUCUGAGCAGUCAGCUCUCCUUGGUUCAAAGAUAUCUGGUUACUCUGCAACAGGUGAUGCAAUGCUAAUUCAGUGCCUAUCAAGUAACCAAAGCUCAUUGUACCACCAUUUUAAGUGUGCAUGUCCAAAAUAAUUGCUGGGUGGUCAUACAAACACCAAAGUGUAAAGACGACAGGUUCUGGUUAUACGGGGCGUUAUAUGGCAGACUAUUUCUUGACUGGGUGUAGUGACUUUCUGCAAUCUUGUCGUCACCAUGCAGUUGCCUGGCAACUAGGGUUAAUUAGUGAGCUUUAAAUUGGUACAAACACACAUGUAGAGUGGGAAGAUACAAAUGUAAGAUUCACUAACUUCAUGAUGCUACUUAAAAGGGAGGAUUUGUUUUGUACCAUAGCCUUAAUAUGACUCAAAAUAUAAACAUCUUAUGAUAAAGCCACAACUACUGGGGCAGAUCCGGACAUAUAUUUUAAUGGAUCAGUAGCACCUAAAAUAAAGCCAAUCAAUAUCCGUACAUGUACUGCAGAGCGGUGCGCUGUAUGGGAGUGAAAUUUAGACUGUGUGGAUUUGAAAAUGUAUUUGGUUGCACUAUUCUGACACCCAACAAAACUGUUAUCACUCCUCUCUUAUUAGCGAAGAGAAGUUUACAAAACAUUCAGCUUGCAGCUUCUCCUUUUUAGCUGGCACACAUCGCUUUCAUCGGCUAGAAUGACGCACUUUGCUGACAGCUUGUAUCAGCUGUCGGAAAUUUAGAUUAAUUCUGCAAGUGUUUACAGAGUGAUAUGUCUUCUCUCUAGCUGAUUGUCUAAAGUCAGUUUCAGGAGUCCCUGUUCAAUUUAUAUUCUUAUCAUAUCAAUAAUUUCAGCUUAUCAACUUCACUCAAAUGUUUUGCACCAGGACCUUCAGUAUUUGGUCAGACACAUAUGUAAUUUGUCAUGACUCAAAUACUUAAUGUUGUAUGAUUUGGAAGGGGGCCAAAAAAGUAAAAAUCUUUAAAAAUCUUAAAGAAAGUUACAUACUUGGAUGGCAGCAAAUGUCAGUGCAGUCCAGAUGACAUACAUCAUGAUCUCCUUCAACUUCUUCACAACCAGAGCUUCACAACCCUAUACACACACAGAAUAUGUUCAAACAUAUCAAGUUAUAAGUCACUGCCGUUUAAAAAUGAGUAGUAUUUGGUAUGAACACUAGGCAAGUUUAAAGAUUCCUUUACUUCUUGGUAGAGAUCUUCAGGAUGUGUGAGGGACCCGGUGCAGGUUGCAACUGUAGUUUUACAACAGCUGAUGGGUACGCUGUUAUUUUUAGAUUCUUCAUACCAGUGUGUAUUCUGCCAGUCUGAGUAAUUGUGGAUCCCACAGCACUGAAGCUGUGAAAAUGAAAACAAUCAAAAUAACUGACCUGCAGUUGUAUGCCAGCACCAAUCAGUCAAGUCGCAGUCUACGUGCAUGUCUGUGUAGACUGAUAUAGUAUAUGUGGUGAAGACUUUGAAGGAAUUAUAUAAAAGCUAUACAGAGUAUUACACGUCUUCUACUAAAUACUAUUACAGCUCAGUUUUUGUUAAACAGAUUCUUAUAGCUAUACAAAAUGUGGUGCUUUGGUUUUCUCCUGGUAUUUUUAGAUGCAACGGGUUCUAUUAGCUGUAGGUGAAACCCAUACACAAGAUCUCAUUAGCUAGGUGCACUCCAACACUUCGCUUGCAGUCAUUUGACUCGGAUGACACUUAAAACUUAGAAUGAGGCAGUAAGUGAAAGGCAGAAUGUAUGAGAUGGAAAGAUGAAUGCCCGUACUGUGCUAGCUAUUGUUUACUCGUUGUGUGGUCCCAGUCAAUAUGUGUGUGAAAUCUGAAAUCACAGUUCAUUCUUUAUUAUAAUUUUGGCCAAAACCUUAUUUUGAGGUCAUAAUGACCUUUGAAGUGUCACCAAAUCAUUGUCCGACCAACUGUGAAAUAUGGUCCCAAACUUUGGUUCCUGAGUUAGGAUGUUGAAUAAUGGCCAAAAAAGUUUAUUCCAGGACAUUAUGAUGUCUCAGUCUAGUUGACCUUUAGGAAUAAAUGAAAUGCCAUCACUUCAUCGUGUGCAAUUAAACAUCUGUGUGAAAUAUUGUCAUAAUUACCACUCUUUACUAUCUAUUCUUGAGUUACGACCAAAAAACGUGUUUGUCGAGGUCAUUCUGAGCUCACAGCGACCUUUGAGUAAAACAUGUCACCAAUUCAUUGUUCAACUAGUUGUAAAAUAUGGUCAUCCGUUCUUAAAUUUCAAGGCAAGUUUGAAGAAUCCCCUAGAGGCGUUUCUGAGAUAUCACAUUUACAAGAAUCAGAUGGAUGGACAACUCAAAAACAUAAUGACUACUCAAGAUUACUGUCAACAACAGAAAUGCAGGUGAAACAAACAUUACAGCAUUAUAUCUGGUUUACAGAGGAUUUCUGUCCUCACCUGUCUCUGAACAUAGUCGAUGGCCCGACUCUGGGCAUUGCUGUUGGUACCAUUGUACUCAUCAUACACCUUCUUGAUGGAACUAUUAACUUCAUCUUCAACCUGUAAAUGGUAAAGAAAGGUGAGACUAAGCAUUUGAUGACCAAUUUCUGUGAAUGCUUCAAACCAACAUGAUUGCAAGCACAAGCAGAUUAGACUAGGCUACAGCUGAAUGAUUGUUCCUGCUCUUCCGGAUGGGUGUGAUCAAGUUAAGCCUCAAACAAGGCCAAGAAAAACAAACAUGUACCAACUCGUAUUUGACUUUCUCACCUUUGCUCUGUAAAUGUAUCCGAGAACCACCACCGCCAGUUCCGUCAAGAAAACCAACAGGAGAAUGACGACAAACUGUGGAUUGAAUUACAAGACUCAGGAUGCACAGACAACAUGCAACACAUUGGAAAACUAAUACGAACUUAAACAAAAAAUGGACUGUUUAACACUUUGACAUGUAUUUAAGACAAGAUUAGACAGAAUACUUCCCCUUGUGAGAAAAAGUUUGAAUAAUAGGUAUUCUGUGCAGUUUCUGCACCAUGGGUGUAUAAAUACAGUAUAUGGAGUCUGUUAUUUAAAAUCUUUUGUUCAUACCUUUUGAAAUAUUUGUAUUUUUCCAAUUGUUUGUGAUUUAUGACAAAAGUAUUUUGUUAUGUCAAAUUUCAAAUGUUAAUGUAUCCUGAAAUCACACAAGGUUUCAAAGUUAAUCUUUGAAUAAUCGUUUGCUACUCAAAGGCAUUAGUACCCUCAUCUAUCCAGCUGUUUACUGACCGUUGUGAGUCCACAGUAGCUCUCUCUCACGGUAGCGCAGCAUCCAAUGAGCCCAAUAAUGAAAAGGAGGGCUCCAACUGCAAUGAUGGUCACUGCUGGGAUGAGAGUGUACACGUCUUCAAAGAAGUGAUCGUAGUCAUCGUAUGUGAUGAAGACGUAAGCGCCAACGUAGCACAGGACACCAGCAGCAGCCUGUGGGUGCAAUCAAGUGGUAACACACCAUAAACAUGUCCCAUAGCCUGUUGCAAGACAUUUCACACGUUUCUUUAUGAACUUUUAAAAGUACGUGACAAUAAAGAGUACACUGUG